AUGACAACCAUGAACGGUGUUAAUUCUGAAGGUACGCCUCAUGGCAAGCAGGGCACACCGCAGCCUAUCGCCAUUAUUGGGUAUGCCUGUCGGCUACCGGGGCAAGUCACAUCUCCAAGUGACCUAUGGGAACUAUGCACCCGAGCUCGAAGUGGCUGGUCACCUAUACCCAAAGACCGUUUCUCUGUUGAAGCACUCCACCACCCCAACCCGUCCAAGGUUGGUUGUUUCAACCCAAAGGGAGGCUACUUUCUCGACGAGGACAUUGCAUGCUUUGAUGCUCCCUUCUUUAACCUCAGCGUCCAAGAAGCCACAUCAAUGGACCCUCAACAACGCUUGCUGCUGGAAUGCGCAUAUGAAGCUUUGGAGAGUGCUGGCAUUCCCAAAGAGAGUCUCGCCCGCCGGAACGUGGGCGUUUUUGCCGGUGGUAAUUUCUCUGAUUAUGAACUCAACAACAUCCGUGAUAUCGAGACCAUACCCAUGUACCAAGCCACCGGCUGUGCAGCCUCACUACAAUCCAACCGUAUCUCAUACUUCUUUGAUCUACGAGGGCCUAGUAUCACGGUGGAUACGGCUUGUUCUUCUUCGCUUGUUGCACUCCACUAUGCAGUACAGAGCUUGCGAAGCGGGGAGUCCACAGAAGCCCUCAUUGCUGGUUGUCACCUCAAUAUUGUACCCGAUAUUUGGGUUUCUAUGUCCAUGUCACAGUUGUUUAAUGAUGAGGGUAAAACAUUUUCUUUCGACGAGAGAGCCACAUCUGGUUUUGCGCGAGGCGAGGGCUGUGGUAUCCUACUAUUGAAGCCCCUCGACGCCGCAUUACGCGACAAAGAUCCCGUCCGAGCUGUUAUUGUACAUUCAGGAGUCAAUCAAGAUGGGCGAACACAGGGGAUUACGCUGCCAAAUGGUCAGGCCCAGGAAGAGCUAAUCCGGCGCGUCUACAAAGAGGCCAACCUCAAUCCGGACGAAUGCGGGUUUGUAGAAAUGCAUGGCACUGGAACAAAGGCUGGUGAUCCUAUUGAAGCUGCAGCAGUUCAGGCGGCACUUGGAAAGAAUCGGUCUGCGAGGAACCCGCUUUACAUUGGAUCAGUCAAAUCCAAUAUUGGGCAUUUGGAGGGCGCUAGCGGUAUAAUUGCCAUCAUAAAAGCAGCUAUGAUGCUUGAUAGGCAGUUGAUGCUUCCAAAUGCCGAGUUCAAGAAAGCGAACCCUAAUAUUCCGAUGAGCGAGUGGAAUAUGAAGGUUUUAACGACGACGCGGCCCUGGCCUUCUCGCAAGAAAUACCUUAGCGUUUCUAAUUACGGAUUUGGAGGAACCAAUGCACAUGUCGUUCUUGAAAAGGCGCCAUUGGCAUCGAAAGCCCCAGAUGAGGCAGUUGACGAUGUUGGGGUGGACCCCAAACGUAAGCUGUUCUUGAUCUCUGCCAACGACAAGGAGUCUCUACGUACUAGAAUCAAAGACUUCGGUAUCUACUUCGAACAACAUCCCGAAGUUUUUGAAAAGGUUCUGUUCGGCAACUUUGCUUAUACUUUAGGUCACAAGAUGUCCCAACUCUCAUACCGUGUUGGCGUAUCGGCGACCUCGCUAGACGACCUUGGAAUCCGUCUUGCCCAACUAAAGAUGAACCCAUCCCGGGUUCUAGGCGCCCCAAUAGUUUCCUUUGUCUUCACUGGCCAAGGGGCUCAGUGGGCACGGAUGGGUGUUCCUCUUAUGUAUGAAUACCCUGUCUACGAGUUGACGAUUAAACGAGCCGAUCAGUGCCUACGAGAGCUCGGCGCUGAUUUCUCCCUUAUCGAAGAAUUGGAAAAGGACACCACCACCUCUAAGAUAGACUCCCCUCAUCUGAGUCAGCCAGCCUGCACGGCGCUUCAGAUCGCACUAGUCAACCUCCUGGGAUCUUGGGGGAUCCGUCCUACUUCAGUCGUUGGCCACAGUUCUGGAGAGAUUAGUGCAGCGUACGCUGCCGGGAUUUGUAACUUGGAGGGAGCUAUGGCUCUCGCUUACUGGCGUGGGCAAGUGACUUCCUUACUUAAGUCCUCGUUCCCGUCCCUCAAGGGCACCAUGAUUGCCAUCGGUGCCAGUCGCGAGGCUAUUCAGCCUAUGUUGAAGACCAUAUCUGGAUACGCUACCGUCGCUUGCGUGAACAGCCCUUCGAGCGUGACAGUGUCGGGAGACGCGUCUGCAAUUGAUGAGCUCGAAAAGGUUCUACAAGACAAGCAAAUUUUCAAUCGAAGAUUGAAGAUUGACGUUGCCUACCAUUCCGACCACAUGAAGAAGGUUGCCGGGGCUUACCUGGCUGCGAUUGAGACUAUUAAGCACUUCCAAUCAUCAACGGCCUCGUUCUUCUCUUCUGUAUUCGGGCGCUUCGCAGGACCUUCCGAGCUUGGGCCAGGAUACUGGACUGCGAACCUGACAUCACCAGUAUUGUUCUCUGAUGCUCUUAGCAAGAUUGUGUCGGAUGAUGAAACACGACCCAACCUUCUUAUUGAAAUAGGUCCACACUCUACAAUGAAGGGCCCCAUUAUGGACACUUUAAAGAGCUUGGGUACCACCGUCUCCAAAAUUGGUUAUGCACCAACUAUUCUUCGUAAAGUGGACGCAACUGAGUCGGUCUUAGAUACCGCCGCUGCUACCUAUGUGCGAGGCGCUACACUCAAUAUGACAGGAGUGAAUUUCCCCAAGACCGGUGCGGCAAAUCGUUGGUUCCUGACUAACUUACCUCGCUACCCUUGGCAACAUGGAACUCGGUACUGGCACGUUACCCGUAUUCCGCAGAAGCAUACGAUCAGAGACCGUGCUAGGAACGACGUCUUGGGAGUAUUGGCAAAUUAUUCAAAUGAUCUAGAGCCAACGUGGCGGAAUAUCGUCCGCUUAGAUGAGAUUCCCUAUCUUCGGGACCACAAGAUGCAGGGGAUGGCUGUUUACCCACUGGCAGGCUAUUUGGUGAUGGCCAUUGAGGCUGCUCGACGACGCGCGGAGCAAGCUGAUAUCCAAAUUGCCCAGUUUGAACUGAGGGAGGUUAUUGUAGGUUCGGCGCUUGUACUCAGUGAUGACACAGAUGCAGAAACGACCAUUACCCUCCGUCCCUAUGCUGAAGGUACCCGAGGAUCAUCCGAUCUUUGGGAUGAGUUCCGUGUCUGCUCAUGGACCUCAAGGCGAGGAUGGACAGAGCACUGCACCGGCCAGGUGCGGGUUCGCUCUGACCCGAAAGAGCAGGCGGCUGCGAUUUCGAGCCCGUUCGAGACUGAAACCACCUAUACAAAAGCUCAAAUUGAGCGAAUUGAGAAAUCUGCUACUAAUUACCUCGAUAUGUCCCACAUGUACCAGGUUCUUAGUGAUCUAGGAGCCGGGUAUGGUCCUACUUUCCAGGAUAUUGAUAAUUGCUACUCCAGCCCUCACUACUCGUUUGGCCAUCUGCACGUCAGAGAUACCCGCAGUGUCAUGCCGAAGGCAUUUGAACAUCCUUUAACUGUCCACCCAUCAUUCCUCGACGGACUGCUACAUUUUGCUUGGCCUCUCCUUGGCCAAGGCUUGGGCCGAAUGGACCUAGACACUCUCUACAUGCCGACAAUGAUCAAGCGUAUGACAGUCGGCAUCAAUGUCCCCACCACAGCUGGUGAAUAUGUUAAAGCUUACUGCAGUGGCAGUCCCAGCUUGCCCUCCCCUGAGCCGACCAGAUUUGAUCUUUUUGCCAUACAAGAAGGCUCCACUGAGCCCGUUAUUUCAAUAGAGGGUCUAGUAAUGACUCCCCUCAGAAAUCCAGACACCCACCGCGAAGAUACUCCCAGACUAUGCUAUAAGAUUAAAUGGCAUCCCUUGGCCGAGGUUGAGAACGCCGUUGGGGCGGAUAUUCAAGACGGCAAUGACCCUGCAAAACCUCAUAACCGUACUUGCCCCCACCGGGACGCAAAUACGAAUGGAAAUACAGAGCAGAAAAACGAUAUACUCUCAAACGGAAAUUAUAUCACACCCAAGCAUGAUAUAUUCAUCUCCUACUUUAAGAAAUCCAACGAUGAUAUUGCUGAUAGACUGAGCAUUGCACUGUCCGACGCAUCUAGGUGGAAGGUUUCCGUCAGAACGUUUGGUAAAACGGACUUCUCUCAAAAACAUCUUGUUCUACUUCAGACCGGAGCUAGCUCUCUGCGACACCUCACCGAGGAUCUAUUUGAGGAGCUCAAGAAGGCGCUUCUCAAUGCUCAAACUGUGCUUUGGGUCUACCGGACUGAUACGCCCGAUGCCCAAAUGACAGUCGGUUUGACUCGCACUUUGCGUUCAGAGACCAUGGCGAGGAUAGCUACUCUCGGGUUGGCUCCUGAAGACAUCGAAUAUCCCGAGAAGCCUAUACAGGCAGCCAUUAGUGCUCUAUGGCCUACCGAUGGGACCAAGCCCACAAAUGAUCUUGAGUUCAAAGCCAAGGGCUCGGAGCUCUUUGUACAACGCAUAGUGGAAGACGAUGCUGCCAAUAUCUUCAUCCACAAUGAGACCCACGACAUGACAAUCUCAACCCAACCAUUCAGUCAGCCCGGACGACGUUUCAAGAUCCAGAUUGGCAAUCCAGGUGCUCUCGAUUCCCUAUACUUCAUCGACGACAACCCCUCACCACUAGGCGAGGACCAAAUCGAACUUCAAGUCAAAGCAAGCGGUCUCAACUUUAAAGAUAUCGUUGUCUCCAUGGGCCAACUUGCACAGUCAUAUAUUGGCAUUGAAUGCAGUGGUAUCGUUUCCAGCGUAGGAUCAAACGUGAAGAACUUCAAGGUUGGCCAAAGAGUCAUGGCCAUGCCCGAGGGCUGUUUCUCGACCUAUGCACGAUGCUCUGCGACCAGUGCUGCGGAAAUCCCAGCCGACAUGUCAUUCGAGACCGCAGCCACAGUGCCAGUUGUAUUCUGUACUACAUACUACGCCCUGUUUGACCUAGGUCAGCUGCGAGCCAGCGAGCGGGUUCUAAUCCACGCCGGUGCUGGUGGUGUCGGUCAAGCCGCUAUAAUGCUAGCCCAGAUGGUCCGCGCAGACAUAUAUGUUACAGUCGGAAGUAUCGAGAAGAAACGGUUCUUGAUGACUCAGUACGGUAUUCCCGAAGACCGUAUCUUCUAUAGUCGUGAUGCCUCCUUUGCUCGUGGCGUCCGCAGAGCCACUGGUGGGGUUGGGGUGGAUGUUAUUGUCAACUCCCUAGCAGGCGAUCUUUUGCGCGAGACUUGGGAGUGUCUUGCGCCGUUUGGACGAUUUGUCGAAAUUGGCAAGGCUGAUAUCACGAAAAAUACUCGGCUUGAUAUGCAGCCUUUUGAGCACAAUGUCACAUUCCUGUCGGUUGAUCUAACUAAGGUUGGCAAGUUCAAGCCGCAGCUGAUGAAACGUCUCCUGAGUGAUGUUUGUCGGUUGAUUGGUGAGGGAUCGGUGCAUCCCAUUCUACCGAUUUCGACUUAUCCUAUUUCUGAUAUCGAGAAGGCGUUCCGUACUCUACAGAUUGGUAAGAGUAUGGGUAAGAUUGUGGUGGUUCCCCAUGAAGAUGACCAAGUCAAGGCUGUGGCUCCCAAGACCAGCCCAAAUCUCUUGCGCCCGGAUGCAUCCUACAUAUUGAUUGGGGGUACUGGUGGUCUAGGCCGAAGCAUCGCUAAAUGGAUGUCCUCCAAGGGCGCAAAGAACAUUGUUCUUGUGUCCCGUCGAGCAGCCAUUGACGACAAGGUUCAAGCAUUGAUCGAUACCCUGGCUCCCUUGGGGGUGAGGAUUAUCGUCAAGGCUUGCGAUGUCAGUAGCCGGGAGUCUGUCGAGGCUUUGGUCAAGAAGGAUAUGAAAGGUCUCCAGCCUAUACGUGGUGUUGUUCACGGUACAAUGGUGCUUCGCGACAUGCUCUUCGAAAACAUGUCUCUUGAAGACUUCACAGCGGUAGCAUGCAACAAGGUCGAAGGAGCCUGGAAUCUGCACAAUGCACUGAUCAACUCUCCACUAGAUUUCUUCAUUGCUCUCUCAUCCGUGGCCGGCAUCAUCGGCAAUCGCGGCCAGGCAGCAUACUCCGCCGCAAAUGCCUUCCUGGAUGGAUUCAUAGAAUAUCGCAAAUCCCUUGGUCUACCAGGAACCUCAAUCGACCUAGCUGCAGUCAGCGAUGUCGGCUACCUAGCCGAUACAGAUGUCCAGCGACGCCAGGAAGUAAUGAAGAAUAUCGGCGGGCAAGCCAUCGACGAGUCAGAGGUCCUAGCUCUAAUAGCUGCCGCUGUAACCGGUGAUCUCGACCAGUCCUGCUCUGGACAGUGUAUCACAGGAUUGCGACUGGAUUCACUCGAGAAUAACUUCUGGGUCCAGGAUGCGAAAUUCAGCCUGCUCUAUGAGGCUGCCAAGGGAACAUUGGGAAGCAGUUCACAGCGGAAUGGCCCGUCGGUGCCGCUGCAGGUUACUUUGUCGGCUGCCUCGUCUAAGGAGGAGGCUUUGAAAGUGUGCUACGAGGCGCUGGCCGCUAAGUUAGCACAGGUUCUUGUUCUCUCGGUGGAGGAUAUGGAUCCCUCGAUUACGGUGGCUUCGUUAGGGCUUGACUCGCUGGUGGCUAUUGAGAUUCGUAAUUGGAUUGCCCGUGAGGCCAAUGCCAAUGUGCAGGUUCUGGAGUUGUUAUCUAGUGGCAGUUUGAUGGCUCUGGCUGAGAUUAUCCUCAACAAAUCUCAGGCCUAUACUCGUGCUGAGUGA